GGAGACAGAUCUGACUGGCCAGCGUCGGGCGGAAGUCGGGAGGUUGGGUGGUCUGUAAACGCUCGCUUGUGACAGGGAGGGGGAGAAGGAAGGCCUUCGUAAAGGUUGCCUCUCCGUCCCUUCGCUCCCGGUGACCCGCGGGAAAAAAAAAUCCAACACCCAGGCCCCGCGGCUAGCCCCUUCCCACAGGCUCUCUCCGCUCGAUUUUGUCACCGUUAUGUGGGAAGCGAAUCCAGAGAUGUUUCACAAAGCAGAAGAAUUAUUUUCCAAAACAACAAACGAUGAAGUGGACGACAUGGACACGUCGGAUACCCAGUGGGGCUGGUUUUACUUGGCAGAAUGUGGGAAGUGGCACAUGUUUCAGCCGGAUACCAACAGUCAGUGUUCAGUUAGCAGUGAAGAUAUCGAAAAAAGCUUCAAAACAAACCCUUGUGGCUCCAUUUCUUUUACUACUUCCAAAUUCAGCUACAAGAUAGACUUUGCAGAAAUGAAGCAAAUGAAUCUCACCACUGGAAAGCAGCGCUUAAUAAAAAGAGCCCCCUUUUCUAUCAGUGCUUUCAGUUACAUCUGUGAAAACGAGGCCAUCCCUAUGCCACCACACUGGGAGAAUGUGAAUACUCAAGUACCAUAUCAGCUUAUUCCUCUGCACCAUCAAACACAUGAAUAUAAUGAAGUUGCCAAUCUCUUUGGGAAAACGAUGGAUCGCAGCCGAAUUAAAAGAAUUCAGAGAAUUCAAAACCUAGAUUUGUGGGAGUUCUUUUGCAGGAAAAAGGCUCAGCUCAAGAAAAAAAGAGGUGUGCCUCAGAUUAAUGAACAAAUGCUAUUUCAUGGUACCAGCAGUGAAUUUGUGGAAGCAAUCUGCAUUCAUAACUUUGAUUGGAGAAUAAAUGGUAUACAUGGUGCUGUCUUUGGAAAAGGAACCUAUUUUGCUAGAGAUGCUGCUUAUUCCAGUCGUUUCUGCAAAGAUGACAUAAAGCAUGGGAACACAUUCCAAAUUCAUGGUGUCAGCUUGCAACAGCGGCAUCUGUUUAGAACAUAUAAAUCUAUGUUUCUUGCUCGAGUGCUAAUUGGAGAUUACAUAAACGGAGACUCCAAAUACAUGCGACCUCCUUCCAAAGACGGGAGCUAUGUGAAUUUAUAUGACAGCUGUGUGGAUGAUACCUGGAACCCAAAGAUCUUUGUGGUUUUUGAUGCCAACCAAAUCUAUCCUGAGUACUUGAUAGACUUUUAUUGAUUUCACUUCCAAAUCUCAGUGGUCAAGGAAGCUUUAUUCUUUUUUGCAGGCAGAUUUGCUCUUCAGUCAUCUAGCCACUAAAUGUUAAUAUCUGAUACUUUUGAAACAGAUAUGAAAAAAAAGUGGCCUCCAUAUAAAAAGACAUACUGACAUAAAGGUUGGUUUUUGUUGAUUUGUUUUUGCCUGUUUCUUGUAGUCUUGUUUGUUCAAAGUUGGUAUCAUUGAUGUUUUAACACAUAGGGGUGAAAGAUACCAUUCAAAAUGGAAUCAGCUCAGUCUCAACUAAUGUGGUCAUUGAGAUCUUUAAAGUUUACACGUGUGUUAUCAGGAUAAAUGAUUUUAGUUUAAAUAGACUUACUCGUAUAAAUGUUGAAAAAAAUACAGACAUAAAUGUAUCCCUUUAGAGGAAUUGAUCCUUUGUAAAUUGAAUUCAGGUAGUAGUAUCAUCCACCAAUCCAUUUGUUGCUUUGUUGGUCUUCUGAAGGGGGGAUUUAAAACUCUGAAACAGUUGAGCACCUUGAGAGAAAUCAGAAACAAGACAAUUGUUUGCAGUGCUGUCAAACAAGCCAGAAGGAGAAAAUCAAGGUAGAGUGUCCUGCUUCCCAGUUGCUUUAGGAUAGCAGGCUGCAGCCUCAGACUUGCUCCUGUCAUUCUCUUCUGUCUCCUACAUCUGAAUUGAUAAUUGCUGCAAAAUAUCAUUAGCCUACACUUCAUCCAUCAGGGCUCUUGGAUUCUUACACCACGACUUGCUGUGCAAGGUGUUUAUUGCAUCUUCAAAGUGAAACUUUAAAUUAUUAUUCAAACAUUUAUUUUCCUUUUGUUUUAAAAAGAGUCCCUACAAUGAUCACUUUUAAGAUAUUUUUUUACCUUCCGCUCUGCAGCACACACAGCUAUUCAACAAUGAUUUCCAAAAUUCAUAUUUCACAUUUGUAUCUCUCCAUUUUGAAACAUUAUAGAAAGCAUGGGAUGCUUGAGACAAAUCUGUUCUCUCCUUUGAAGUAGCUAUUGACAACCUACUCUCUUGAAAAGUUAGAUAUAAUUCUUAAUCAUGUUUAGUGGAAAUUUGUUUACCUGUUCCAUCUGUUUUGCUGUUCCGUUGUAAGGAAGAUGAGAAGGGUUGGAACAGCUUCCUUCCCCUAAAGGUAUUCUAGCAGAGGCGAGACAGCAACUUGGGCAGGCAUGUUGUAUAGGAGUUAAGUACUAGAUGGGGAAUUGCCCAUGUGAUGCUUAAGAGUCUCUCACAUUGGUUUUCUUUCUUUUCUCCUCUUCUCUCCUCUUUCUCUCCUCUUUCUCUUCUCCUCUCUUCUCUCUUCUCUCUCUUCUCUUCUGUCUUCCUCUUCCUCUUCUCUUCUUCUCUUCCUCUUCUCUUCCUCUUCCUCUUUCUCUGUCUCUUUCUCUCUUUCUCUUUCUCUUUAUCUUUCUCUUCUCUUCUCUUUUCUCUCCUUCCUUCCUUCCUUCUUUCCUUCCUUCCUCCCUCCCUCCCUCUCUUCCUCCCUCCCUCCCUCCCUUUUUCUUUCUCUUUCUUUUUUUUUUCUUUUUUUUUGUUUGGCAGAGUCUUGCUCUGUUGCCCAGGCUGCAGUGCAGUGGCAUGAUCUCGGCUCACUGCAACCUCCACCUCCUGGGUUCAAGCAAUUCUCUUGCCUCAGCUUCUCCAGUUACUGGGACUACAGGUGCAUACCACCAUGCCUGGCUAAUUUUUGUAUUUUUAAUAGAGACGGGGUUUUGUCAUGUUGGCCAGGCUGCUCUCAAACUCCUGACCUCAGGUGGUCCGCCUGCCUCAGCCUCCCAAAGUGUUGGGAUUACAGGCGUGAGCCACUGUGCCUGGCCUGAUUUUCUGUGAUUCUGCCUUUAAAAGACAGCACAUGUACCAAGCCUUUUUCAGAAAGCUUUUCUCUUAACUCUUUCUAGUGCUGAAUUUUCUCUCUAUUAUCCUCACCCAAUUUUGGCUGAGAAUGUACACAAUUUAACUUCUUAAAAAAAUUCCAGUGUCUAUGCAUAUAUUGCUCACUUAAAUUAUUUGAAUUAGAAAGGCAUCUACAAAUAAUAAAAGCAAAGAGUGUAGACAGGUUAGGGAUAGUAAUUCUUCAAGUGCCGUCUAUCCCAGAUUUCCAUUGUAGACCAGCAUAUGUGUAAUUGUGCAGUAGGAGGUGAGUAGUACCCAGGACAUUGCAUGUAUAAUACUUUGAAACAAAGUAGCAACAAAGAUUUCCUGACUCAGGUAUGCAACCCAACUGCUGGUUUAGAUGAAGUGCUGAGAAUAUUUAGAAAAAGCACUUUAAAAAGCAUCUAGAGAUUAUCAUGAAAAUAAUUGGAGACAAAGUCACUAGGCUGCCUUGUGAGAGGCAGCAGACCGUGGCCCUAAACCUGUUCACAAAAAACAGUGUUAGAGACAUUAGGAAUUCAGGUUUUGAAAAUCUUUUUUUCUAUGUAUUUGUUAUUUACAUAUCAAAAAACCACAUUAAAAUAGUCCUCCCUUCAACAUGGCUAUCUUUUUUCAAGUUUUAUAUGCAUACCUCUCUCAGCACUUGAAUGGAAAAACUUUUACAGCAUUUGGGAGUUAUUUUUCUUUUAGACAUUUGCAGGUCUUAUCUCAAGGUGACUAGGAGCCCAGGGCUAAGUAUUUGUGAGGCAAUCUCUGCGAACGCUGAACUUACCUGGUUGGUUUAUAUGAAAUAUGUAGAGUGCACUGCAGUAGCCAUUGUAAGAAGGUACUGUACCAGUUUUGGGGGGUUUGUUGUUGUUGUUGUUGUUUGGUCUGAGAAUGUACCGCCAACCCCUCUUUUAUAAGAGAGAACUGAUUUUGAUACAUAUUUUAAAAUAUGAUAGUAUAGAGUUAAUGGAUGUUAAAAUUUUAUUUCUUUGUUUUGGUAAGUAGAUUAAAUCGAGAAUCAUAUGAUCAGUACAUUUGAGAAUUAUAUAACCAGUAUAUAAUAAUACUGGACACAACCAUUUGCCAUCUUUUCCUGUUAUCAUUCCAUAGAGUGGGUGGGGAGAAUGAAUAGAAAUAAAUCUAGAAUAAUGAUAAAUGGUUUUUAAAACUCUAUAUUGAAUACAUUCCAGCUGAUAAUGACUUUUCUUUUUCACUUUGGUGAUAUCAGCCUCAGGGUAAAAAAAAUGUGUUUAUAAAAAACAGUUUCAUAAAUCUUUUAGUUACAAACAGGAAAGUUUUAUAUUAGUGUGUCAUUUCAUUUCUAGACUGUCGAUGGUGAUGAUGAUAAAGAAUUUGGAGCCAAUUUUGGUAUAUGAAUGUAUUGCUUUUACAUGUGAUGAUUAAAGCUCUCCAUUAGCAGUU